CGGAAUCAAUCGAGAAAUAUACACAUAAAAAAGCACAAGAAACGCAUUUUCUAAUUAAAUAAAGGCAAAUUAACAAAAUCUGAUUAACAUGAUGCAACGAUCAUUUUCAAUUGUACAGGAUGAUGAAGAAGUAGAGGAAGAACCAUCAACAAGUCAGGACGUUCGAAAAUUCGAUUUAAAUGCCGAAUCAGAUUCUGAAGAAAUUAGCAAACUCAGCCCUAAAAAACUACCAUCGAAGAAUAAAAAACCCGAAGCACUGCCAAGACGCAAAACUAGCGCAGGGCCUUCUAAUAGGACCCAUGAUAAAACUGCAGUUUUUAGCGAUAGUGAGGACAGUGAGAAUGAGAGCAAACCUAAAAAAUUGGUAGGCCAGUACGAUCCCAAGGAAUAUGAAAAUUUAUUAGUGGAUCCGGAAGUAGCAGAAGUGUUUCAGUACAUUUUAAAAUACACUCCUCAGCCAAUAGCUAUGGAAUACAAAUUCAAACCUUUUAUUCCUGAAUUUUUGCCAGCAGUGGGAGACAUUGAUGCAUUUCUCAAAGUAAUACCACCAGAAACCACCCUUGCUGGGGACGCUUUUGAUGAAAAAAUUCUGCAAUUGGGGUUGCUUGUUUUGGACGAGCCUGCGGCCAACCAGAGCGAUCCUGCGUUGUUACACUUACAACUGAGAGCUGCUAACGAUAAUAUUAUGAGUGGACAUGAACAAAAGAAUAUUGUUGUCAAAAAAGUCGAAAAUGUCGAGAAAAACUCCAAAGUCAUAGAAAAAUGGAUAAAGGACAUUUCUCAUUUGCAUAAAAGCAAAUCAUCUCCAAUAGUAAGAUAUUCCCAGCCUAUGCCAGAUAUAGAGGACCUUAUGCAACAGUGGCCUGAAGAUUUGGAGCAAAAAUACAAAGAAGAAGGUUUUCCAAAACCUCAAGAGAACCAACCUCUAUCGGACUACAUUGAUACAGUUUGCAAUUUCCUGCAAAUACCUGUUGCAAAAAAUAAAAUACAAUCUUUGCAUUUGCUGUUUUGCCUUUAUACAGCCGUUAAACAGACUCAACUGUUUCAAAGUCAAGCUGAAGCAAAUGUUGUCAAGGAAAAAGGGGAAAUUGAAGAUAACAUGGAGGAAACUGAUCAAUUAGUUCUUGAUUAAUAAUAAUUAUUGUUAGGAUAUUAAAUAAAGAGUUGCUUUAGAAUAAAGAGAAUUUUAUUAAUACUUUAUUAGUUAUACAUCAUUGUGUCCACAUUCACAAUUAUUUCAUACAUUUUAGGAAUGUUAUCUAUAUACAAACUAUACCAAAUACAUACAACACACUUGGAGGGUGGAUUUACAUCAGGUCUUCUGGAUUGAACAUGCCCUGCAAGAAAAAUAAUAGAGCAUUUAAUUAUUUUGAUUUUUUUAUAUGAUAGAUUAUUACCUUGGCCCUUCUCAAAAUAGAAUCCUUUGAAGAAUCAUAAGGAUGAUCCUUGGAUGGAAUUUCCAAAAUAGCUGGAAGUGGGCUGUUGUGGCUGUCGACAACAUGUCUGAUGAUUUCAGCGACGUUUUGGUUGAUCAGGAUAAUGUCGAUGUCGUCUCUUUUCAGGAAACGCUUGAAGCAGUCUUCAAUUUCACUUACGGCAGUGUCUACGAG